CAGUAAAUAUACAUAUUUAUUCUACAUUAUUACUUUAUUCUCCCUUUUCCCCUUAUCAUUGAUUCAUUUAAAAAUGUUGUUACUUUAAUGUUUGAACUAGCCUUAAUUUACCUGUUUACAAGCUAUUCUGCAUUACAAAUUCUUACAGUUAAAAAAGCUUAAGUGAUGUGGAAUUGAACUUCCAAAUGUACUAGACUAUGCAUUUUAUCUCGAGUUUGUACGAAACCGUUAAAAGGCUAUCCGUAUGGAACAGACAGACACUCAAAAAGAAAAGGAUGUCCUUCAUUAUUUUCUUUUUCGGCACACUUGUAUACAAAAGAGAAAAGAAAACACAGUCUGCAGAUGCUCUGCUAAUAAUGGCUUGUGGCUGUGUGGUAAGACAUGGGAGGAGCUUCAGGAGAAUCAACUUUUUCAGCUUUUGAGGCGUACUCUAUAUUGAUUCCUCUCCAAAAUUGAGAGUGAAGGUAAAUCUGAGCGUCCUCUUCGCAUAAUGAUGCUUUUCAGAAGCAGCAAUGGGUUUCACGAAGCUUUCUGGUGAUUAAGGCUUUUCCUUUUCAGCAAUUUAUGUGCAGGAAAAUGGAUUGUGCGCGCGCGCGCUCGCACCAGCAUGACAAGAAUCGAGUUGAGAGCGCGCGCGACAGACAAAUGACAAUUUCAGUCAUUAUGUUGUUUUUUGUCGCGUUUCUUCCAUAUGCGCUCUCAGCACAUUUGCCUGUCAUAUCCCCCCAGGAUCCAGUACUUCCCAUUGGCUCGAGCUUGACUGCGGUGUGCACUGUGAGUGCCGAGCUGGAAAUAACAGCUAGGUCCUUGUACUGGACACUGAAUGGGAGACGCUUGGCUAGAAACACGUACAGAGUCCUGAGCCAGACCGAAUCGAGUGUCACACUUCAUCAACUCAAUGGCUCCUUGCAGCAGUCAGGAGAUAAUCUGGUUUGCCAUCGAAGUAAUGGAGAAGUGCUGGCCGGGUCCUGUCUUUAUGUCGGCUCAUCCCCUGAGAAACCCAUCAACCUGACAUGCUGGUCACGAAACACCAAAGAUCUGAGCUGCAGAUGGAGUCCGGGAAGUCAAGGAGAGACGUUCAUCAAUACCAAAUACGUCCUCAAGUACAAGCUGAAAUGGUAUGGUAAGGAAAAGGACUGUGAAGACUACACGGGACAGUCGUAUACAUGUUACGUUCCACGUGACCUUGCCAUUUUUACACCAUAUGAAGCCUGGGUUGAGGCGACCAAUCAGCUUGGCUCUGCCACUUCAGAUGUCAUCACCUUGGACAUUUUAGAUGUAGUAACUACAGACCCCCCUCCUGAUGUUCUUGUAAGCCGUGUUGGAGAUCUGGAAGAUCAGUUAAGUGUACGUUGGGGCAGUCCUCCUGCCCUGAAAGACUACCUGUUUCAGGCCAAAUAUCAGAUCCGAUACCGUGUGGAGGAGAGUGACGAAUGGAAGGUAAUAGAUGAUGCUGGGAACCAAACAUCAUGUCGUUUGGCUGGUCUCAGAGCGGGUACAGUGUAUUUCGUCCAGGUACGAUGCAACCCAGUGGGCAUCUACGGUUCGAAGAAGGCAGGUAUAUGGAGCGACUGGAGCCACUCAACUGCCGCAUCAACUCCUGGCAUUGAUAGGUCCCAAAGUGGCUCGUGCGAUUCAAAGCCCAGCGAGAACAACUCAACGCUACGCAAGGAGCUCAAGCAGUUUUUCGGCUGGAUGCGCAAGCACUCUUAUGGCUGCACGGACGUUAGCAUCAAACUGUACGACCAAUGGCGCGUCUGGCUGCAGAAAGCCCAGAAAACACAUGAUCAGGUACUACAAAGCGGUAAAUCAUAGUGAAAACUCCAAAAGAAGACUUGGGAGAGUUUGCGGGGGCCGGCGACGACAUGGGUUUUAUCACUCUCCAGUGCUUGGGACGUUUCAUUGGGAUGAGUCAAGACUCUCUGAUGAAGCGACAUGAUCUACUGUUUGCCUCCUGCCGUAGGGCUCAUCAAAUACGACAAAGGAAGCGCUUUUGUCUCAGGCGCGUUAUUUAUAAGGGCAUUAAAACUUAAAGACUCAAAAUGAGGAGAGAGAAAAUGAGAGAGUGUGAAAUGUUUCAAAAGAGAGUCGACUUUCUAUUUUCAUCCACAAUAAAAAGGAUGUUUUAUUAAAGCU